GUCUCGCCAGAACGUUAAGCAGCCCCCGCACUCCAGUCUGUAAGUUGUGAUCGAGCUCGAGCACGCCACCGUAGUGCUUCUGAGAUUUCCCAAUCGCGAGCCCCGCAAGAUCAUGUCUCCCGCUCUUACCUCCUCACUGAAGGAUGUCCAGCACACCCUCCUGCUUACCACCGUCCAUAAUCUGCACGAUGCCCCGAACUUCCUCGCGACCUCCGUAUCUACCGCCGCGCGCACGUCGACCGCAGGCCUCCGCAUCGUGAUCCUCUCGCCCUUCUUCGACCUACCCCCGGACUCGGCUUCUGACGACCACUCGCGCGGAGUCUCGCGAACGGCACACUGGGACGACGUACAACGCCUUCUGACGUUCGUGUACGUGCAGGCGACGAAGGUCGCGCAGGACUUGGGCAACAUCCUCCUGGAUAUCGACGUACUCUUGCGCGGCACCGCCGAAGCGGACGCGUUCCCAGAGCGGGUUGCGCUCGAGGCUGAGCGAAUAUUCUCCGUUGUUCCGCCGGACACACACCUCCCCGCCCUCCCUGCUGCAUUGCAGAAACGGCGCGAGGAAAUCAUCCCGCUCGAGCCAGAUGUGCACUCGCACUCGUCUCCCCCAGAUUCGCCGCCCCUCGACCCGUCCGUCCCCGCGCUCUACCCGGUGGUCGCGCUCGGCGGGACGUUCGACCAUCUACACGCGGGCCACAAGAUCCUCCUGAGCAUGGGCGCGUGGAUCGCGCGCAGGAAGCUCAUCGUCGGCAUCACCGGCGACGCGCUCCUCGGCAAGAAGGAGCACCGCUCCGUGCUCGAGCCGCUCCCCGUGCGCACUGCGCGCACCCGCGCAUUCCUCGAGCUCUUCCGCCCGGACAUCAUGCAUGACCUCGUCCCGAUCGACGACGUGUUCGGGCCCACGGGCUGGGACGCGGACAUCCAGGCGCUCGUCGUCAGCAAGGAGACGCUCUCUGGGGCAUCCUCAAUCGCGAAACGGCGCGAGGAGCAGGCGUUGCCGGCGCUGCGCACGUUCGUGAUCGACGUCAUCUCUGCGACGGAGGCGAGCGUGGACGCGGAGGACGCGGCGGUGCUCCGGACCGCGAAGAUGAGCAGCACGUACAUCCGCGAAUGGAUCGUAAAGAACCAGAAACAGGCGGCCGAUUCGUCGGCAUCAUGAACGCAUGCGACGCGCUUGAAUGCCGGAUUCUGCACGGUUGUAUGAUACAUGGCAUGCCUGCGAACACAGGUUAUAUGCAGGGAAGGAAACAGAGUUCAUCGGGCACACGAUAUUGUUGUAUCUCUUUGUAUUAGAUGGGCCGCCAAUAGACGGACUAUACGCGGGUGCGCU